GAGUCCAAAUUGUUUUUUGCAAACACAAAUGGGGGUCCAUUCUCCCGCUUAGCAGGCACUUUCCAGGAGUGCUGGAAGGAGUUUGGGCUGCCAGGAAAACCAACAUUUGGCCUCAUACGAACAAGCAUCAGCACCUAUGUUGGCCGUGAACUGGAUUACAAGCAGAAGGAGCAGGUACGGAAGGGAGUAAGAUGAGGACAUGCACAGAAGUAAGAAAAGAUGCAUCUCCAAGACACGCAUGAGAAAUUACAAAGGUGACAAGAAAUAUCCCGAAAGUGACAUCAAGGACACCAGUACUGAAGACAGUGAUGACACCACAGAAGAAACAGAGGAGGAGGAUGAGGACAGAAUAAGGAGGAAGGUUGCUGGCAAGACAGAUGACAAACGUGACAGGAAAUAUCCUAAAAGAGAGACCAAAAGCACCAGUGUUGACAGCAGUGAUGACACCACAGAAGAAACAGAGGAGGAUGAUGAUGAGGACAGAAUAAGCAAGAAAGUUUCUGGCAAGACACGCAAGACAGUUGACAAACGUGACAAGAAAUAUCCUAAAAGAAAGACCGAAGGCACCAGUGUUGACACCACAGAAGAAACAGAGGAGGAGGAUGAUGAGGACAGAAUAAGCAGGAAAGUUUCUGGCAAGACACGCAAGACAGAUGACAAACGUGACAAGAAAUAUCCUAAAAGAAAGACCGAAGGCACCAGUGAUGACACCACAGAAGAAACAGAGGACAGGAUAAGGAGGAAAGGUGCUGGCAAGACACGCAAGACGGAUGAAAACAGCAACAAAGAAAUAGUUGUGAUACUGGACAGUAACGAAGAAGACCAGACACAAGGCAAAGACAAGAAGGAUGAACAAAACAACAAAGAUAGCUCAAGUAUUCGAAAGGAUGACGCAGGACGUAGUACAGAUUCAUUCCCGUGUUCAGUAAUUUUCCAUUCCACUAAUCCUCCGCCGAGUCACAGGAGAACCAGGAGCAUAUCCCAGCGAGCUCGAGGCAAAAGGCUGGGGACAGCCUGGAAGGGGUGCCAACCCAUCACAGGGCGCAAUCGCCGACCCACUCGCACACCCCUUCACACACUACAGAAGAUUGGGAAAUGUGGGAGAGGAAACCAUAGUCAUAAAGACAAUGACAAAGAUGAACAACACACUGAUGCAGACAUGCCAGGUGAAGGAAAGGACAAAACCAGGAACAGAACAGACACAGCUGAUGGAGACAUGCCAAGCGAAGGAAAUGAGACGGGGCACAGGAAAGACACAGCUGAUGGAGAUAAAGAUGAACAGCAACAUGCUGAUGCAGACAUGCCAAGCGAAGGAAAUGAGACGGGGCACAGGAAAGACACAGCUGAUGGAGACAAAGAUGAACAGCAACAUGCUGAUGCAGACAUGCCAAGUGAAGGAAAUGAGACGGGGCACAGGAAAGACACAGCUGAUGGAGACAAAGAUGAACAGCAACAUGCUGAUGCAGACAUGCCUAUUGAAGGAAAUAAUGAGACUGGGCACAGGAAAGACACAGCUGAUGGAGACAAAGAUGAACAGCAACAUGCUGAUGCAGACAUGCCAAGUGAAGGAAAUGAGACGGGGUGAGUGUGCUAAUUGGGGCAAACUCCAGCUCAGCUCAACUCUGCUCUGCUCUCCUAUAGCACCAUUUUCCCUGCAGGCUGAAGAUGUUUGCAAACAACCAUCCACCAGCACGAGACCAACACUUGUACACUUUGGUGGUCCGGGGGAGGAAGAUGUAUGAGCUACUCAGUGGCAUCAAUGAUGCUAUGGAGACCCUCGACAAGAUUCAAGCAGCCUUUAACAAUGUUAAUGAAGCCCUCAUCCAGAGCAUCAAUCCUUUUAAGGAGGCCUCUGACGAUGGUCGUGGAUCCACUGGCCACAGUGCGAGUGAUAUUAUGGAGGCCCCUGACGAUGGUCAAGUGUCCCCCGAUGAUGUUCAUGGAUCCCCUGGCCACACUCUGAGUAAUUGUAUGGAGGCUAGGACUGCUGAGAAGGAUGGUAACAAAGGUCCAUGAAGAGGAAGCCAUGGUAAAGAGUGCACCUUCAGACUGAGAUUCAUAAACAUGCACAUACAUGUGAUCAUACACACAAAUCAUCCACAUGUACACCACACAACACUCUCUAUAGACAGACAGAUAGACACACAGACACACACACACACAAUAUUGACUUUAAAUAAAA